GUUGCCUUGUAGAUCGGGACUGAAGGGUUUGGAUAUGAUGCUAAAUGGAUCUUGUCUGACUUCUGGGGUUGCUUAUAUGCCUUGUAUGCCCAGCACUGCUAAGUCUUAUAAUUCAGCUUACUUGUGCAUUCCUCCUCCACCUUCCAAAGUUGCAGCCUCUUCUAUUAGAAGUUCAUUGAAACCCCGUCAAACUCUUUUAUCUUGUUCCUAUAGAGGAAUUUCUUCUGUAUCAUCACUCUCAUAUGCUACACCGAAAUUACAAAGGGAAAGCCAUUUUCCUCUUUUGCCUAGACGAGCAUUCAAGGAUGUUUCCCUUGCCUAUGGUGCACUCUCAUAUGCAACUUCGAAGUUACCAAGGCAAAGACGUUUCUUUCUCUCUCCUAGAGCAUUCAAGGACGGAUCCUACGAUUACCCAUCCCGUGCCAUAACCGAGAAACCAAAAUGGUGGUGGAGGACCUUAGCAUGCCUCCCGUAUUUGAUGCCUCUUCAUCUAACAUGGUAUUUCGCUGCAGAAUCAUAUCAUCUUCGGCCUCUCGUGGAGAAAUCUGAUUUCUUGUCGAAGCCUUACAAUAACUUCCUACAAAGAUUGCCCGGCUGGGUUUUGAUGGCAUAUACCUUCACUGCUUGUUUUGCUAUUGUGAAGAGAAAGGAAUGCCCCCAUUUCCUCAGGUUCCAUGUGAUCAUGGCAAUACUGCUGGAGAAUUUGAUGCAUAUCAUCAUAAUUGUGUAUGGUUGGGUGCCGCCUUUUGUGCACUGGGGCAAUAAUAUCGGAACUCACAUUUGGGCAGCCGUUACAUUUGCGUGUAUCAUGACAGUCGUGAAGUGCAUGAAGUGCACGCUUUCUGGUAUGUAUGCCGACAUUCCAUUCGUGACUGAUGCUGCUAAUUUCCAUCUUAAAUAUGGAUAAAUCUUAGAAAUGUUAUAGAGAUGAAGAAACUCUUACAUAAUAUUAGUAUAUUACACAAGUGUAAUGUGUAAAAUUGAACUCUGGCUUCCUUUUUGAGUAAAAGAACAUUGUUGCAUGGUUAACAA